AUGGAAUCUAAUGUAAUAAACUUCUAUGAAAUUCUACAGUGUGAUAGAAAUGCGUCUGCAGAAGAGUUAAAAAGAAAUUACCAACGUCUUGUUCUAACUUGUCAUCCUGAUAAAAAGAUCACCAGCAACAAUCAUGAAAGUUUUCUUAAUAUCCAGAAAGCCUGGUCUGUGUUAAGGGAUCCACACUCAAGAAAACAGUAUGAUGCCUUGCUCUCAUGUGAGGAGCACAAGGAACUGUUGUUGUAUAAUACAGUAUCAAUUCUAGAUAUGCAUUAUGAUAAUUCUAGUAGUAUUUAUUCAUAUCAGUGCAGAUGUGGUGGAAAAUACUCUGUGAGUGCCAGUGAACUGAAACCACCCGAAAUUGUUAUUGAAUGUGAUGAAUGUUCGUUUUCUAUACAGAUUAUUGUUCCUACGUGA